GAAGUUCUGUUCAUCUAUUUAAUUAAGGAUGCAAUCUACCUGUCCACCUUGAAGUCUAGCUGGAGUAAUACCCUUGUGCAAAUCCUAUUUUUUCACAAGUUACAACAAAAUUUUGGCCCUAAAAUUAGCUUGUCCCAGUUAAGAACGAAAGCAAUAUUGUCCCACAGCCGCACAACCUGAAUUCGGCCCGGCCCUUUCCGGUUUCCAACUUGGAAACGGGAGGUUCCCAACCCAGAGGCCAUCAACGCAAGAACACAUUCUCACCUCGCCGGAGACAAAAAAAAUGGCGAGGUGGCCGCCGCCGUCGCCACCGGACGGCGAGCACUCAUUCGGCCACGAAGCCAUCGCGCUGUCCUUCUUCGUGGCGUGCGUCGCCGCCACCGUCGUGAUGGCGUCGUCCAUGUGCUCGGCGUGCGGCCGCAAGCCGAAGGCGGACGACCCAGCGCCCGACGCCGCCGCCGCCGCCGACGUGAACGCGGAGAGCCAUGGCGACGGCGGCGAGGAGGGGGAGGAGGAGGAGAAGGCGCCGGUGGUGACGCUGUCGCCGGAGCUGGCGACGCACGGGCCGAUCGCCGGCGUGGCGCCGCCGCCGUCGGCGGCGGCGAAGCGGCGGAUGUCGAUGACCAUGAGCCUGAGCAAGAACCUGAGCAUGAACAUCCCGGACAAGAUGAGGCUGAGCCGGCGGGAGCGGCGGGACAAGGUGGAGCCGGAGGACACGCUGUGGAAGAAGGCCAUCAUCCUCGGGGAGAAGUGCAAGAUCCCCGGCGAGAGGGAGGGCGAGGCCGACGCCGACGCCGACGACCUCGCCGCCGGCAGCUUCCGCCGCUCGAGCUACUCGCGGCCCAUGUCGCGCUCCAUCUCGCUCGCCGUCCACCAAUCGCACGUCGACGCUCCUCCGGCCACCACCGCCGCCACCGCCGGCGCCUCGAGCGCCGGGAGUUCUUGACGCGCUCCCGGGUCCCGGCCCGGCAGAGAGGAAGUGACGUGGCAGCCUCGGUAUCCGUGUGUAUACGUAUGUAUAUGUACGUGUGUAUAGGUGGCAGGGUUGUUGCAGGGAGAUGCUAGUGUGAAUGUGUGAUGAUGGUCAAAAUGCAUUCAGAUUCAUCAGAUAUUCAGUUGGUGGUUUCACUCUCUCCUAUACCGUUUUGUGCCAUUCGUUUCAUUUUUGGUGAAGUUUGCAAUCUGAAUGCAUGGA